AUGCAUCAUAAAGUAAUCUGCGUCCCCGACGCCCUGCGCAGGUUUUCUCCAACACUGCGCAACCGAGUGAACGAGGCCGGUGACACUUCAGGAGACUCACGAGGACAGCUCCCGCGAAAACCAGCGACUGUUACUCGAGACGUGUCCUCAGUAAAAACCCCCAAACACAGAUGUGAGCAGUCCGGGCAGCGGGGCAGGCGAAGGAUGAAGGCGAACGAUAGAGAGCGCCACCGCAUGCAUAAUCUGAACUCCGCCCUGGACGCGCUGAGGAGCAUCCUGCCGGCUUUGCCAGAAGACGCGAAACUAACAAAGAUCGAGACUCUGCGAUUUGCCCGCAACUACAUCUGGGCUCUGACCGAGACUCUCCGGAUGGCAGACCAACACGCACACACUCAGGACUAUCUGGCAUCAGAUCUGAGCAGCCCGGCAAGCGUUUUAUCUGCCGAAUGGGACUCAGCAUCACCUUCAGAAUGUGGUUAUGGGACCAAUGCUGACUUUAGCCACAGAAGCCCUCUCACCGCUGUUAAUGAGAUGAGCUGCAGAAUCUUCCCAGGAGAGGAAUCCAGCGCCAUCCCCGUUACCUUUUGUUUCAAGUCCCUGUGUGCUGACAAUGACCUGACGAGUAUGUGGCACUUUUGA